AUUUUAGUUCUACGUUUCCCUACACGGGGCGGCUCGAUAGUUGCAUCGUGCAUCUUAUCUGAUGUAAAAGAUUGUUGCGUAAAAUACGUCUUCCUCGGAAAAAAUGAAGGCGCUUAUCUACGUCUCGGGCCGCGCUCGUGAACCGUUUUUUACGAAAAGCGACCAAUAAAAUUUUACCUUACUAAGCUAGUCGUGGUGCUGUGAGCGAUGAUCACGGAGUUCGAUGUUGGCGCGCUGUAGCUUGGCCGCGGUCCACCAAAUUGAUAGUUUCGGGCGGUCCCGCCGCCAGUGUUUGUUCCUCGGUUAGACGCUCUUUGUCCACGUCCAACGUAGUUAUGGAGAAGAUCGACGACGUACGAGUCGCGGAGCUCAAGAAUUCCGCGUACAUCAAACCUACGCGGCUGCUUUUCAAGCAGAACGGAAAGCAAAGGAUAUGGGACCUCAUGAAGACCCACGACAGUGUCUCGGCCGUUAUUUACAACAAAAGCAGGGAUGUCCUCUUAUUCGUCAGGCAGUUCCGACCAGCUGUCUACUACGGUCAGAUCCCACCUCACGAAUUCUCUUCGGGCAAGCCCAUCGACACGAACAAGUAUCCAGGAAAGUUGGGCGUGACGCUCGAACUGUGUGCGGGCAUCAUCGACAACGACAAACUGUCCUCCGCCGAGACAAUGCGCGAAGAGAUCAAGGAGGAGUGCGGAUACGAUGUGCCCUUGAGCAGCGUACAGCGGGUCACCUCAUUCAGAGCUGGUGUGGGAAUCCUUGGUGCCAAGCAGGAGCUGUUUUACGUCGAAGUGACCGAUGACAUGAAGAUCAGCUCUGGUGGCGGUGUCGAAGAACAAGGCGAGAUGAUUGACGUGGUCGAGCUAACCAAAGCCGAAGCCAAGAAGAUGUUGUUUGACGAGAGCAUCAUGCGGCCCGCUGCUCUGCUUUUCGGAAUCACGUGGUUCUUAGAGGUCAAGUCGAAGCAGUAGAAAGGACUUUUAAUUGUACAUAAGUGAGCUCACUAGGAUCUACAUCUUUAUAAGUUGCACGUGUUAUAUGGAAUUUUGACCUGAUGCAUUCAUUAGGAAUGCAUGUGAUCGGGUUGAAGAGGUAAGCUUAAGAAAUCCACCACAUUCUGGCCUCUUUCAGGCGGUUGGUUUCUUCUUAAACGCCCUUAAAUUAAUGUUGUGACAUUUUUUGCUGCAGUCAUAAGCAUUAUAUUGGCGUUAUACUAUGGUGACUCAUUUGUGACUCGUCAUUUAAGCCAAGCAGAGCCUAACCACUAGAAGCAACGUAGUGAUCAAAAUCUUUCUUAUAUGAACGUCUUUAUGCAAACUUUUUGACAUAUCUUGCCGAAGCUUGGGCCCAACAUGCUGUCAUUACAUGAUCUGCAUCAGUAUUCCAUGCCAUACGUGAUAUAGAGUAAAAGAGCAUAAUAAAAAGUAUCGUAUGAAUGC